AUGUCCAAAAGGACGCUCGACAGCUUCUUCUCCAGUACGCCAAAGAAACAACGGCUGGAAGGGACGUUGCAACCACUAAUACCAGUAUCAUCAACCCUAUAUCCGAAACCAAACCAAUCCCCCCGCCAAUACACGAAUCAUCCGUCCUACCCGUGGCCAAUCCCGCAUCUACCGGCACAUAUCUCGUCGGAACUCGAGCUCCUGGUUACAGCUCAGGGUCGUGAAAUCAAAGACCAGCCGCACCUCGACUUGUUGUAUUUCCAACCCUUUAUCCCCAAAUCCAUCGAAAGAGAGGUAUUCCACUUUCUGCGCUCGGAGCUCUUCUUCUACCGUGUCCGCUACACCAUCAAGCGCUUUGGCAAGGAGACGGUGAUCAACACGCCGCGCUUCACGACCGUGUUCGGCCUCGACGCGACGAGCCGGUUCGUCGACGAUGGCGCCCGGAUCGUCGAAGCCGCUGACCUGGACAGGACGGUGCGGCGGGACAAGUACCGAUGCAGACCGCGCCCGAUCCCGGAGUGCUUGGACUUGUUACGCCGGGUCACGGAAGCGAACACCAAUACGACGUAUAAUUUCUGUUUGGUCAAUUAUUACGCCUCGGGAAGUGAUAGCAUUUCGUUCCACAGCGAUGACGAGCGCUUCUUGGGGGAAAACCCGGCGAUCGCUUCGUUCACGCUUGGCGCUAAGAGAGAUUUUCUGAUGAAGCAUAAAUUGCCCAGGGAGGGCGAGGCGAAGCUGGAGACGAGGGACAUUAAGCUGUUGCUUGGGAGCGGGGAUAUGGUUCUCAUGCGCGGUCCCACGCAGUCGAACUGGUUGCAUAGCAUACCGAAGCGCAAGGGUGCCGAGGCAGACAGAGGGCGAGUCAACAUCACCUUCCGUCGAGCGAUGAUUCCAGCCGGCACGGAGAACUAUUACCGAUAUAAUGUCGGCGAGGGUGGCCCUUAUCAGUGGGACAACUCGAGGAAGGAGAUGGUACCGUGGGUGAGAGCGACACCUGAUGCUGGGUGA